CAGGAAAUACCCACCCCGGGACAUUGCAUUCGCCCAUCUCCAAGCAUCCCUCCGCCACCAGACACACCACCAACAGCCGUUUCUGCCACUGCCCUCGAACUUGGCGGGUCUUGACUGGGACUCCUGACCUACCUUUCUUCCGAUUGCUGCUGGUACCUUUGUACGCACACGCAGUCACACAUUCACACACCCACUUCCUUGCUCACGACCACGGCAGCCACUCGCCCUGUCCGUUCGCCCGCCCGCACGCCCGCCGCCCGCACGAUCUACUCUUACAGCAGCGUCCUGGCAUUCCAGGGGAUCGAGCGGCCAUGUCCACCGCCACAAAGAAGCCCGUCGCCUCGGGUGUAGGCCGUCUCUCGUCUACAGAAAGCAGCAGCAGCACAUCACCCUCACGCCAGGCUCGCUCUGCCACACCGACAUCGCCCGCCGUCUCCACGCCCAGCCGCACAAGAUCCAUCCGCGGCGCUGGUACACCCGGUGCCCAACGUGUUGCGCGGGGUGCCUCGUCCAUGUCACUCAGCAACGCCACGGAGAUGAUGGACCCAGAGGCCCGCGCUGAAACCGUCGCCCUCAUCGAAGACCUAAAGAAGCGCCACCAGGACGCCGACACCACAUCUGAGCAGUACAGGAAACAAGCAGAGGUCCUUCAGGCCCGCCUCGACGAGGCCCUCAAGGAGCACGCACAGCUCGAAGAGAAGGUCCACGAGACCGAGGAGCAGCUUGAGGCUCUUCGCAACGAGAAGCGCGAGGCUGCCCGCCAGAUGCGCGAGAUGGAGACCAUUUACGAGGCCGAGAAGAGCUCCAUCCUCAAGGAAAAGGAGGAGAUGGCGACCCGCGAGGAGGAGAUGCAGGCCGUCAUCAACAGGCUCAAGGAGACACUCAACCAACGCAAUGCUGAUGAUGAGUACCGGCCCUCGAGGCAAUCGGCUCACCCUUCCCCCAGCCUAGAAAGUGGAGGCUUUGCUCCUCCGUCAUCCAUCAACCGUAGCGAUUCUCGGAACAACUCGAAGCUUCUUCUGCAGAAAGACAAGCUCAUUGAGUCCUUACGUCUUGAGUUGGCCGAGGCCCAGAUCAAGCUCGUCGAGACUGAGAACCAAGGUGGUGGCCGUGUCCAUGAAGUCGAGCGGCUACUAAUGGAGGCUCGCAUGGCGAAUGCGAGACUGAUGGAGGACAAUGAAUCGUACCAGUUGCUCCUGCAGGAGAAGACUCUCCAUGGAGAUUUCGGCAAGGGCGAUUUCGACUACAUGGGCGUCUCGACGAACCAUGAUGCUCUGAGUGCCCUGGAAGGCCGUCCCAGCACACGCGGCGCGGAUGAGGCCACUACACCAGGCAGCCUCGCCGAUGAGCUUGGUGCGGCGUCGGAAGAUGACGCGCACUCUCACAUUGGGGAAGAGCCUGCCCGGCGCCUUGACAACGAGGUGCGAAUGCUCAAGGACCAGAACAAGGCGCUCACAUUGUACAUCAACAAGAUCAUUGAGCGACUCCUGCAGCACCAGGAGUUCGAGCACAUCCUCGACACCUCGACCGAGGGCGCCGGCAAGGCCGGCAAUGUGCACAAGGAGCUGCCUGCACCCCCAGCUGAGAUAUCCGGCGUGCCGUCGCUGCUGCAGCGGGCCAAGUCCAUGGCCAUCGGAGGCGGUAAUACUCGCAAGCCACGGCCUAUGUCCUUGAUGCACUCGAUGCCCAAGGAGAACUCGGCUCACAACAACCCUGACACGGCUCCGAGCAUCCCUAUAGGAUUGGGACGGUCGCAAAGCACUCGUCGCGGACCCCGACCCAUGAGCGAGCAGUUUGUUGGUGCCGCAGGCGUCGUGAACGCAAUGUACAAAGGCCCUGACGGCCCGUUGAGCCCGACGCUGAGCAACCCUCGGCACUCGCAGACCUUCUUCUCGGGCGCCUCGGGCUCGUCGCGUACCGCCUCGUAUGCGGGCAACGGAGCUCCCAGCGCUGGCAAUUUCCCCGGCAUGCGUAGCGAGACAAGCAGCGUCAGUGGCGACUCUGGGUCUGUGGCCGGCGAUGGCGUGUCAAGCACGACGCAGAGCCCGCCCCGGACGCUCAAUGGCGGCGAGAAGCAGGGCAAUGCCACCUUCACUGGCAACAAGCCAAGGCCGCUGCGCCUUGUGCAGGAGCAGACCGAUACCAAGACCGACAACAAGCGCGCCAGCUGGCUUCCCUCGUUCUCCGGCUGGGGUGCCAACAACAGCGGCUAAGUUCAUCAUGCUUGGUUAGCCAUCUUCAGCGUUAGGCGGCAUUUGCGAAGGGUUUUAUGCAUUGGGACUCUCGAUGGCAUGACGUUGUGCCUGGUGGAUAUUUCAUGAAAGGUGUCAUGUUCUUUACCCAUAUGGAACAUCCGACACGGAUGUCAGAGUAGCCUCUGAGCUACGAACAGUGCACGAAAUGAUAGCGACAUUGACGACAUAAGGGACCAUUCAUGGAAAACGAUAUCUCUCUCCUCGAUUAAAUACCAAAUAAAGGGGGUUCAAAACCAUCUGGAAAUCGGCGUUUGGGGGUAUCAUUGGGGAGGGAGCAUCAUCAUGAAGAGAUAUAUCUCGAGAGAAACCCAUUCUUCACGUUAUGUAGUAGUUUUCUUGAGUAGUUACGAGCAUGAGACGAUGGCCUGGUGCCUCAAUAGAGAAGAGUCUUUGAAUUUUCGCGA